UCAUCUGGUCAUGAUAUUCAAACUGGUGCUUUUAUUGGUCGUCGUAUAGCACGUACAUUAAGAUCAAUUGAAGUAAGUUCAGGUCAAUCUGCAUUACGUGAAUUUCUUUAUUUAUUUUGUGGUAAUAAUUUACCAUUACAUGAUUAUUUUUGGAUACAUGUUCGUAGCUAUUUUUCAAAUGUAAGUGAUCCAGAAAAAUCUUUUUUUCGAAUAAUUAACAAUGGAAGUAUCAAAUAUGCACGAACAAAUCGUAAGCUAGAAACAUAUGUUGGUGAUCAUCUGAAACAAGUUGAAGAUGCUUUACAUAUUCAUUCAUUUAAUAAAAAUAAAAAGUCAUUAGCAGUUAUUGAUCGAGAUGAACAAUUAUUAAUCUCAGCUAUGAAUUAUAGUGUAACAGCUGGUGGUAAACGUUUACGACCAUUAAUAAUGAUGAUGGUUUCUGAUUUAUACAAUCUAGAAUUGAAAAAUGUUUUACCAUUAGCUUGUGGAAUGGAGUAUUUACAUACAUCAUCACUUAUACUUGAUGAUUUACCAGCUCAAGAUAAUAGUGAUCUAAGACGAGGUCGACCAACAUUACAUAAAGCAGUGAUAGAUGAUGAUAUACCAGAACACUUAUGUGAAGGUCGAGCACAAUUAGCAGCUGUUGAUUUAAUUGCUAUUAGUAUGAGUGUAAUUAAUCAUGAUCUUGUAAAAAAUGGAUUUUCACCUGAAUGUGUAAAUCAAGUUGUAACUGAGAUAUCUUUAUCAAUGCAUGAUUUAUGUAUUGGACAAAUGAUGGAUCUACGUGCAGCACAUAUGGGUAUGGAAAGAAAAAAUGAACUACUUGAUGAACUUGAUCAUAUUGCAUGGUUUAAAACAGGCAAAGCAAUUGAAAUUGUACUUAUUACACCAGCUAUUUUAGCUAUGUCAUUUUCAUCAUCAUUAUCAUCAUCUGUAAAUGUUCAAUCAAUAAACUUGAAUAGUAUUCGUGAAUUAGGUCGAUUAAUGGGAAUAUUGUUUCA